GCACUUCCGGGUUGGCGAGCCUGGAUUGUUGUUUUUUUUUUGUGGCGAGAAGUCUCCAUAUUCCGCUGAGAGGUUGCGGCGUCUCGGCUUUCUCGGUCUGAAGGAAGCCUCCUCCGCGCUUUCUAGCAGAGCCGAACGUGAAAGCCGUGAUCAAGAUGAUUGAAGUAGUUUGCAACGAUCGGCUGGGCAAGAAAGUUAGAGUGAAGUGCAACACUGAUGAUUGCAUCAGAGACCUUAAGAAGCUUAUUGCUGCCCAGACUGGUACUCGCUGGGACAAGAUAGUUCUGAAGAAGUGGUAUACAAUUUUCAAGGACCACGUGAUGCUGGCAGACUAUGAAAUCCAUGAUGGCAUGAACCUGGAACUGUAUUAUCAGUAGUGUUUGGUCAUAACAAGUGCUAUUUUUGCUCUUUUACCUUGUUCUGAAUUUUCAGUUUAUAGAUGGGUUACUUUGUGGUUUGACAUUAAGUCAGGAAUAUUUUAUCCUUGAUGGCAAUAAAUCAGGAAACCUGUAUUCAAACCUUGUUUUAUGUAUUUGUAUUGAAUAAAUGUGAUUGACACAUGUGCUCGAUGCUUCUUUAAAAAAUAUUAACCAUGGUGUUAGUGAAUGUGACUUUAAAAACACAGCUGUCAGGAGAUAAGCAAGAAAGUGCCCCCCCCCCCUACAGUUUCAUUUAGCUGAUAGCUAAUCUUGAAAAAUAUUUGAACUUGCCAGAAUUUGCCAUCACUUGCAUUAAACAUGACCUCCACAUUUAGUGUUGUCAUGUUACUGAAUAUUGUUCAUUCAAUUAUUAUCCAAGGGUGCAGAAUUCUUGGACAGAUUCAGUAAACGUAUACUGGUAGUUGUUGUUGAGACAGUCUGUCUUCUAGGUAAUUCAAUCAUUUCCCCUUCAAAUCAGCUAAAGGUAUUCUUAAUCCUGAUAUGUGACAGAUCAAACAACCUAUGUAACUAAUUGCCAGGCAAAAGAAGGCUGAUUAAAAACUAAAAUCAAUUUUGUAGCAUGAAUUCCUGGCUCAAGUGUUAAGCAUGUGGCUAAGAAAAAUAUGUUUCCCCAUUAUCUGGAAAUUAGGUGAAUUUCACAAGAGAUAAUUAAAACCAGUCUUAAGAAAAGUCUAAACAUGACUUUUUAUCUUUAGUAGUUACAGCAAAAACAGUAUUGAAAAGAAUUAUAAAAUUCUCCUAAGAUCACAGCUGAAAGUUGAACUUAAACUUUUAGGCAGAAAAUAAAUAUUGGUCUGCCCCUAAUUUAGAGGACUUCUGCUAUAGGUACUAAGCUGAAUAAACCACACAAUUUACUGUGUACGAUGAGUAUAAAUGCCAGAAAUAGUAAUGAGAAGAAAGAAAGAAACCAGUGCUAAAUGUUGAUUAUCCCUUUAAAAGCCAUUUUUUUUUCUGAUAAUCUCCUCAGUCUCCACUCUUUCUUUACUCCUCCCCCUUACAGUUUUUUGAAGAUUCAUCAGUUAAUUCUGAGGCUGUUGUGAGGCGGAAGGUACCGUUUCUUUUGUCAGCUUCUAUCCCCAUUUUUUUUUGCUCAUUUUUCCUCGAUUUCUGCUGGCUUUUCAAAAGAACAAAGGCUCUUUAAUAUGGAAAGGGGUGGGGGGUUGGAGGGAAUCUUUCUUUGCUAUUGGUUCCAGGAUAUAUAACUAUCUCUUGUGUAGAUAUAUUUUGGGGAAGUCUGAAUUCUGGCUGAAAUUGUGGUCUUGUAAAAGUAGACUAGCUGCUCACCAAUAUCUUAUUACAUUUAAUAGGAGAGGGCAGUGCCAGUUUAAAGUCGUGCUUUAGGUCUGUUAUGGGGGAAGAAUCUACUUUGGUUUCUAUUGUAUGUGAUGAUCUUAGCAAAGGAGAAUUAGGAAUGCAAUUCUGUUCUCUUUGACUUUGGGGCAUUGGAUCGUAUCUUUCACCAUCUUUGAACAAGGUGUUGCAUUGCAUAUAUUGUAUCCAGUGAUUUGGCUGGUUGUUUCUAGAAAUAAAGAUUAGAGAAACCAUGGCCCAUUGGGUCAUUUCUGUGAGACUUCUUUAUCUAAACCAAUGUAGAAUAGCCAUGGGUAGGCAAAAAAGCAAUGGAAGUGGAAUGAAUUCCAACUUCCUGCGAGCUGCCCCAUUGACUUUGCUUGUGGGAUGUUGACAGGAGCAUUAGAAAUUGCAAUAAUGUGACUGGCUGCAGUGUGAUGCUGCAGUGGCCACAACUUUGCCAAUACAAAUGGUGUGAAGAUCCUUGAAAUUUCAAUCCCACUGGAAUAACAGGUCCUGGAUUUUGGAUGCAUUUUUAAGUUAGCCUACUUGAGAUAUCUUAGUUCAAAAAAUGUUGUCCGAUGAUGCAUGGUUUUGCCCAAUUGAAGAUUAUAAAUAGAUAGGGGAGUUUUAGUAGCAUAAAUAGAUGAAGAUUUUUGCGCUUUGGCAGUACUCAUGGCUCAUUUAACAUAUAAUGAAGCUACUAGGAGGCAAUAAAUGU